CUGACAACUGGCAACACUGCUGCUAACUGUCAAUGUCAGCUUGCUGCAGGCAAUGUUGUUUUAUUCAUUUUUCUGAAUAUUUUUUUUCUAAAAAUGAGUCGAAAUCUACUUCAAAUACGAAAAUUCCCUCAGUUGAAUUACUGUUUAAGAUAUUACUGUAAUAAAGUUGAACUGAAUGAAAAUGAACCCAUCAAAUUCUCAACAAGUGCAGCAGCACAGAGAGUAGUCAGACCUGUAGCCAAAAAUCCACCCACAAAUCCAAUGCCUUGGUAUCAACCAUAUGUUGUGGUUGGCAGUGUGACAGUAUUCCUAUUCUAUUUUUGUGUACUUAGAGAAGAAAGCGACGUUGACCAAGAAUUCAACAAAACCUUGUAUGAAAGGAUAAAGGGGCUAGAAAAAGAACAACUAUUACAAUCAUACAAAUUUAACAAAGAAAAUGGAAAAGAAGUAUUUGAAAUAGAACAAAGGCUCAAAGAGAUAGAAGAUGAGGAGCGCAAAGCUAAUGUUCAUGUAGAAUAAGUAGUAAUGUAAGAUUUUUAGUCUAAACGAUUAAUACCACUUAUAGUUUCAAUACCACAAAAUAUACAUGUUAAAUGUAUUAAAGUAUUUCACACCAUAAAAAGACAUGUUGUGGUAAGAUACCUAUAAUUGUUGUUAUUUGUUUAAAAAAUAAAAAAACAAGUCCUAUAAUCAAUUUUUAGUCU